CUCUAAUCCACACUUUCAUAUCAUCACAUUCACUAGCAUUUUAGCUUUCCAAUUCCUUCUUCUUCUUUAGCUUUCACUCCUUCACCACUCUUCAUACUAGAAUGGCAUCAGUUGAGGUUGAAUCAGUUCCAGUGGCGGAGAUCGUGGCUCCAGCGGAGACACCGGAGAAAGUGGAGGUGAAGGAAGAAGUAGCUGAAGCCGAGCCAGAGAAAAUAGUGGCGGCUGUGGAGGAGCCAGCUGUUGAAGCUGAGACGAAGGAAGUUACAGCUGAAGAGACAGAGGAGGUAAAAGAAACCGAAGAAGAAGCCGUCCCAGAGAAAGAGACGGAGGCUGUUGAGGAAGCCGCCAAGGAGGAGGAGGCGGCUCCCGUCUCAGCAGAAGAGGUUGCUCCAGCUGAAGCCGCCAAGGAAGAGGAAGUGGCUCCCGUUGAAGCCGUGGAAGAGGCUGCUCCAGCUGAAGCCGCCAAGGAAGAGGAGGUGGCUCCCGUAGAAGCCGCGGAAGAGGCUGCUCCAGCUGAAGCUGCCAAGGAGGAGGAAGCUGCUCCUGUUGAGAAAACUGAUGAGUGAAGAGCAGCUAUACAUAUCACAGAAGUUGGCAGUAUUUGAAUCUUUUAUUGGUAUUAUUGUUUAUUUCUCUGUUAUUGUAUUAGUACUAUCAUUCAAGUUUUCUAUCUUGGGGUGUUUGAGAGUAAUUUGAGGAUGAAUAUAUUUCGAGUUAUCAAAGUAGUCUGCUUGGUUUAUUGGAA